AUGAUACUUGAAUCGGAUAACAAAAACUGUAAAGAUACUAUCGAACAAUACAAAACCGAAUUAUUGAAACCGCGUAUAAACAACGAGUUAAUCCAGUACCAGAAUGAUAUUGUCUAUCUUAAAAGUACUAUCGAAAAGCUCCAAAACGAAUUAUCUGAAGAAAAGAAUAAGAAUGAAAACAAUUUAAAGGUAAUCUUUUCACUCAAUUCUAAGAACGCUCAGCUCAUAAAUGAAAAUUCAUCACUCAAUUCUAAGAACACUCAGCUCAUAACUGAAAAUUCAACACUCAAUUCUCAGAAUGAAAAUCUCAAAAAAGAAGUGACAGAUCGCAACAAUUCCGAAAUAACAGAACUAAAUAACCAAAUCUAUCAGCUUAAAUGCAAAGUAUCACAACUCAACGAGCAAAAUGAAGAACUCGAAGAUGAAAUGAAGAACAAAGAAAAACAAUUUAAUCGAAUACGUCAAUCUUAUGAUCAAAUUGUUAAAACUGCUGAAUUACCUUUGAGUUGUGAUUUUGCAACUGCAUCUGAUUUCCUUAAGAAACUUUCAAAAAGUGGUGAAAAAUUGAGGAUGUCUAUUGCAUGUGCAACUGGAUUAAGCGAAAAGAAAGAUUCAGAAGAGAAUACUCCACUUAUUUGGGCGUGCUUUAAUGGAGAUCUUCAAUUUGCAAAAUCACUUAUUGAAGGAGGUUGUGAUAAAUAUGUAGUUAAUAAAUUCGGAAAUAAUUGUUUAAUAACAUCAUCAAGCGGUAAACUCGAAGUUGUUAAAUAUUUAAUUGAACUUGGUUUUGACAAAAAUUGGCGAAAUAAAACUGAUGGAUUUAAUGCAAUUAUUUGUGCUUCUCAAACCGGUAAUCUUGAUAUUGUUAAAUAUCUUGUAUCAGUUGGUUGUGAUGCAAACUCUAAAGAAAAUGCUAAUGCAAAUUGUAUUUAUUUUGCAUCAUCAAAAGGUCAUCUUGAAGUGGUUAAAUAUCUUGUAUCACUUGGAGUAAAUCCAAAUGAAAAAGAUAAUAAUGGAUAUAAUUCAAUUCUUGUUGCGUCAGAAUUUGGUCAUCUUGAAGUAGUAAAAUAUCUGAAAAGUAUUGGCUGCGAUGUGAACUCUAAAAAUAAUGAUAAUAGAAAUGGUAUAUUCUUGGCAUCAAUAAAUGGGUCCCUUAAGGUAAUUAAAUAUCUUAUUUCAAUGGGUGUAAAUCCAGAUGAAAAAGAUAAAGAUGGGGCUACUCCAUUAAUGGCUGCAUCAUCAAAUGGUCAUCUUGAUUUUGUUAAAUAUUUAAUUCAAAAAGGAUGCAAUAAAAAUGAAAAAUCUACCAAUAAUGAUUCUCCGCUUCAUUAUGCAGCUUCACAAGGAAACAUUAGUGUUGUUGAAUAUUUGAUUUCAAUUGGGGUCAAUAUUAAUGAUAAAAGCAAUGAUGGAAAAACUCCACUUGAUUAUGCAAAAGAAAAUCAAUACAAAAAUGAAAAUUGCAAAAAAGUCAUAAAUCUGCUAAUUAAAGCAGGCGCAAAAUAA